AUGCUCAUGCUCUGCAACGUCUCCUCCCGACAGCUGCUUUUUCUCGUUGUUCCCACUUGCCUGGCUCAUCGCUCUUUGCCGAUCAUCGCCUUUGUGAUUAUCGCUCAUCCACAACCACGCUACAUGCGUAUCUACGACGAUGUGGCAGUGAGUGAAUGUUCGCGAUCACCAACAUCAACGGUGACCACGGAUAUGUGCGCAUCGUCGCCAUCGUCAAGUUCCGGUACCCAAUGUCCCAUCUAUGAGAAUAUUGCUGAUUUUGCACCAUUGGCAACCAAAAACGCCAAAUUUGGUGGCGGUGUUGGUGCAAGAAAUGGUGGUGUGUCAUGUGAAAAAGCUCAACCACUUACUAUGGACUUUAUCAACAGCAUUCCACCUCCACCACUCACCCAUGGAGAUGACAUGGAUAAAAGCUCGAUGGGGUACAGUACCAUUCGUCGCCAACUACGAUCACUGGACAUGCGACCGCUUUCCUUACCGGCCAGUGAACGAAUGCGUCUCGAACGGAAAACAAACCAUGCUUUACUAGCUGUCGUUGGCAGUACCGUAAUCUGUAUGACAUUAUUCGUUUUAGCUGUUUGGUAUUACUACACGGACAUUGUAAAACAUCUGAAAAAUGUCGUCAAUUCGCUUUAG